AUGGAGUUCAGUGUUGUCUCCUCUGCAGCUUGGUGCGUGCCAUGUCUUGCCUCUAAUGAAACCCUUCAAGAGAUAUGCCGCAAGGAAUCCCUGAUCUGCAAAUGCAUCGGGAUAAACAGAAGAAAUCUUAAUAAUUAUGAAGUGGAGUAUCUCUGUGACCGUAAAAUGGAAAAGGGUGCAGAAUACUUUUUUGUGAAAUGGAAAGGAUGGCCAGAGUCGUAUAAUACAUGGGAACCUGUUGCAAACCUCAAGUGCCCAGCACUUUUAGAACAUUUUUACAAUGACCUUUACAUCUAUUUAUCUAAAUUAAAUGCUGGUAAAUUAAAUAAGAUAAAAAAAAACAUUAAAUCUGUGGGCAACUCUGCUGCUGACUUUAUAGUGAAGAAGGCUAAACAACGAAUUGCACUCAAGCGCUGGGAGGAGGAACUGAACAGAAAAAAAACUCAUGCCGGAAUGCUCUAUGUAGAAAAUGAUGUAGACAUUGAGGGGCCUCCCAGAGACUUCUAUUAUAUUAAUGAUUACAAGACCACACCUGGAGUUAAUACCUUGGGUGAAGCCAUUGUUGGCUGUGAAUGCACUGACUGCUUUACAGGUAUAUGUUGCCCUAACGAGGCAGGGGUUCUUUUUGCUUACAAUGAGCACAAACAAAUUAGGAUUCCACCCGGACGCCCUAUUUAUGAAUGCAACGCUAGAUGUAAAUGUGGUCCAGAUUGUCCCAACCGAGUGGUACAGAAAGGACCCCCCUACUCUCUAUGCAUCUUUAGGACAGAGAAUGGACGUGGCUGGGGGGUUAAAACGCUUCAGAAAAUCAAGAAGAACAGCUUUGUUAUGGAAUAUGUUGGUGAGGUAAUAACAAGUGAAGAGGCAGAAAGAAGGGGUCAGCAGUAUGACAGCACGGGAAUCACUUACCUAUUUGAUCUGGACUAUGAGUCAGAUGAGUUCACUGUGGAUGCUGCUCGAUACGGGAAUGUCUCACACUUUGUAAAUCACAGUUGUGAUCCCAACCUUCAAGUGUAUAAUGUCUUCAUAGACAAUCUUGAUGUGCGCCUCCCUCGUAUUGCAUUAUUUUCAACAAGACCUAUUAAAGCUGGAGAAGAACUCUCAUUUGACUACCAAAUGAAAGGUUCUGGAGAUUUUAGUACAGAUUCUAUUGAGCUAAGUCCCGCUAAAAUGAGAGUAAGGACAGCUUGCAAAUGUGGAGCUUCAACUUGCAGAGGAUUCCUUUAAUGAACUUUAACACCAACACAUUUGCAACAAAUGAUGUGUAUAUUUGCUAUGUUGUGAGCAGGUUUAUUUUUAAAGAACAUGGAUGAUAUUUGAGUGACUUUGUAAGAAA